CAAAGGUCUUUCUUUGAAGUACACCGGUCAGCCACAAUAUUAAAAUCAACUGUUUUUUAUUGUGUAGGUCAUCCUCAUGCCAUUAAAAAACAGCUCUGACCCAUUGAGGUAUGGAUUCCAUAAGACCAUUAAAGGUGUUCUUUCAUAUCUGGCACCGAGGUGUUAGCAGCUGAUCAUUUAAGUCUUGAAUUUUAUAAGGUCUGGCCUCCAUGGAUCAAAUUUGUUUUUCCAGCACAUCCUACGGAUACUCUAUUGGAUUGAUAUCUUGAUAUCGAGUCAUGAAAUUCAAACCAUUCCUGAACAAUUUUUGCAGUGUGGCAGGGCACGUUAUUCUGCUGAAAGAUGCCACAACCAUCAGGGAAAACCAUUGCCAUGAAGAGUUGUACAUGGUCUGCAGUAGUCCUUUAGGUAGGUGGUACGUGUCAAAGUAACAUCCACUUGAAUUCCAGGGUCCAAGAGUUUGCAGCAGGACAUUGUCCAGAGCAUCACACUGCCAGCUUGCCUUGUUCCCAUACUGCAUCCUGCUGCCAUCUCUUCCCUACAUAAACAUUGCACACAAACCUGGCCACCCACAUAAUCUAAAACAAUGUGAUUCAUCAGAUCAGGUCACCUUUUUCAAAUGCACUCCAGUCUAGUUCUGAUGCUUAUGUGCCCGUUGUAGGUGCUUUCAGUGGUGGACAGGGUUCAGCAUCGAUACUCUAACCAGUCUGUGGCCAUGCAGCCCCAUAUGCAGCAAGCUUCAACGCACUGUGUGUUAUCACACCUUUUUCUCAUGGCCAGAAUUUCGUUUUUCAGCAAUUUGUGGUACAGUAGCACUUCUAUGUGAUCGGGCCAGAUGGGCUAGCCUUCAUUCCCCAUUUGUAUCAAUGAGCCUUGUGCUCGCAUGACUUAUCACCGGUUCACUGGUUGUCCUUCCUUGGACCACCUUUUGUUAGGUACUAAACACUGCAUACUGGGAACACCCACAAGACCUGCUGUUUUGAAGAUGCUUUGACCCAGCUGUCUAGCCAUCUUAAUUUGGCUGUUGCUACAAUUACUCAGAUCCUUAUGCUUACCCAUUUUUCCUGCUUCCAACACAUCACCACUAGGAAUUAACUGUUCACUUGCUGCCUAAUAUAUCCCACUCUUUGACCGGUGCCAGUGUAAUGAGAUAGUCAAUGUUACUCACUUAACCCGUCAGUGGUUUUAAUGUGGCUGAGCAGUGUAGAGGUGACCGUCUAUAUCUGUUUUCAUAGAGUUACAGUUAAAGAGAUUUUUGAUGACAUCCUUGGAAAUAUAAAAAAUGUAAUACAAUCAAAUAUUUGGUAUUUUCUCAUGCUGAAAAAAAUGAAAGUUUUUUUGUAACAGUAAAAUUUUUUAAACCAUCAUUCAGCAUUUCAUAGGAAACUUUUUGUUUCCACUGUCACCAUUUAUAUGCAAAUCCUCUAUAAAGUUUAAUCUGUGAACUCAUCCAUCCUCUUCAACCCACAGCUGCAUUUCCGAACAGACACAGCAUGUGAAACACAGUGGCUGUAGGAGAGCUACACCGACUAUGUGACACGUCAUAUCAUUGGAUCAGUUUGUGAUAAAAACUCAUAAAAGAGCAAUUCUAUUAAUUUAUUAAAGUAAAAGUUACUGCCAAGGUCCUCUACAUUGUUGAAAUGCCCUGGUGCCAAUAACAGCCAGUAAUUGUUUGGGUAAACCUCCAAUAACUUUGUAUUCUAAGAUGGGUCAAUAUGUGACAAUUACUCCUUUUCUUUACCAAGUUAAUUGAGGAAAUUUUGUUGGCAAUGCUUUUGAUGGCUUGCCUUAUAUUCUAUGAUGGCAUUAAGGUUGGUAUUCUGUUACACUCAAACCUGCCAUUUUUCUUUAUUUUAAGCUACUAUAGACUUUCUCUUCAACCUUGGCCUAUUGAAAUACAAACUUCUUCUCAAGCUGAACCUUCCUGGUACUCUUGCUCAGAUAUUUAUUUCUUUAAAGUAACCCUAAUAAGAGUGCCAUGCCCUCCUUCAGAGUGGAAUUCUCAAACUAUGAUGUAAUCCACAUACUUUGUGGAGGGGAUGAUAUGACCAGGUUAACAGCAUUUGAGUUACAUCUUACAUACGGCUUAGGCUACAGGACAGAAGGUUUCACUUUAGUUUCAUCAAAAUAAGAACAGCUUUUUGUCUCGCCAGGUGGUCUUUCUUGCCACUGUCCCAUAAUUUCCCAUCUUCUUUCUUUUGAAUUCCCUGAAGUUUGUUAAUCCAUGAACAGGAUCUUUAACUUCAGGCACUAAUUUAUCACUCAAUGUGAGUCAUAGCUGAUGUUGUGGUAGCACGUUAGGAAGUGCCUUUGUAUGUGGCAAGUGUUUAGAAGGAUUAAUUUGUGUGUGUGUAUAGGUACAAUGUCUACAAAAAGAAUUCACCCCUUUACUAUUUUCACAUUUUAUUGCUAUAUAAUACUGAAUCCCACUGAAUUUAAUUUGGAGUUUCUGACACUGAUCAACAGAAAGGCUCUUUAGUGUUAAAUUAAAAACAGAUCAGCCAAGUGACCUAAAUUUAUUACAAAUAUAAAGCAUAAAAUGAUUAAAAGCAUAAGUAUUCACCCCCUUCUAGUCAAUAUUUAGUAGAUGCACCUCUGGCAGCCGUGACAGUCUUCAGUCUAUGUGCACUAGUCUCUAUCAGCUAUCUUCAUCUACAAGAGUAUGUUUUCCCUGUUCUUGUUUGCAAAACUGCUGAAGCCCUGUCAGGCUGCAGGGGGAUCAUGAGUGAACAGCCUUUUUCUAGUCCAGUCACAAAUUCUCUACUGGAUUGAGAUCGGGAAUGAGCCACUCCAGGACACUGAUGUUGUUUUUAAGCUAUUCCUGUGUUGCCUGGCCUUUAUGCUUGGGGUUGUUGUCUUUCUGGAAAAGCCUGUAUCAGGUUUUCCUCCAGGAUUUCCAUGUAUUUAGCUGAAUUUAUUUUAGCCUUUAUCCAUACACACCUUCUGUAGGAAGGCAUCCCCACAGUGUGAUUCUGCCUUCCUCUGUGCGUCACAGUGGGAAUGGUGUUUUUUUCAUAAUGUAUAGUCUACACUAAAUUAGUCUGAAAGCUCAGUUUUAGUCUGAUCAGGCCAUUGAACCUACUUACAGCUGACUUGUCUCUCGUGUGCCUUCUGAGAAACUCUAGUUGAGAUGUCGUGCAGUUUGUAACAGUGGCAUUCUCUUUGACACUGGUAAAGCAUCCAGAAACAUUUUUUGUCUGCACAGUCUGUCCAAUCUUAACCACUGUAGCUUGUAACUCCUUCAGAGUUAUCAUAGGUCUCUUGGUGACCUCCUGUCACUAGUUGUCUGUUGAACUUAAUGCCUCAUUUACAUGAAUACGUAAACUAAGCUGAUCGCGUGGCACAAUGUGUUUUUCAAGUUCAAGAAAAAACUCAACAACCCAGUUCUGCCUGGUUCUUGGCACUAGGUGGAAAGCUGACGCUCUGGAUGUAGAAGUGAUUGUGCUUUGUGGUGGAAUGAGACCUUGAUUUAUGCCCCAAGACCCCAAACUAAAGUAAGAGGAUCCAGGAAAUAAAAUCAGUGAAUGAAAAUGUAGUAAAAGAUAUAUACAGUUAAGGUCAGAAGUUUACAUACACUUCCGGUGAAUUCUUUAAAACUCACUUAAUAACUCCACAGAUUUUAUACCAACAAACUGUAAAUAUGGCAUAUUGUUUAAGACAAAUCAGCUUUGUGCAGGGCAAAAGUAUUUUUUCCAACAGUGUUCACCGACAGAUUAUUUCAGUUUUUAUUGACUAAUGUAGGCCUAAUGAUUUCAGGGUUUCGUUAUGUGCAAGUUAUUAAACUUUCUGACAGUGUAUGCGUCCCUUUUUUUGUUCACAGCGGAAAUAAUCCUACAGUAAUUUAAUACAGUUCAGAGUUUAAACGCGAAAUAAGAAUCUGUCAAAAAGUGUACGAAAGUGAGUCACUUUUUUUGUAAUUAUAAACUGCUGCUCUUGAGUGUGAACUUUUUAAUAUAUUGCCAUCCUCACUAACUGAAAAAUAAAUGUUGGGAAAUAUUUUGAUGUGCUGAAAACUUGUUUUUGUUCUUUUAUCUAUGUGGUGUUUCGAAUGUUUUUUUUCCCCUCAAUUUACCUGGUUAAACAUUACAUCGUCUAAUAGAAUUAAUCACCGGGCAGUGAAUCGAAGCGGCAGACUUUCACACAUCAUUUUCCAGUAAUGUCUAAUGCUCCGGUAUUUGCGCCCAUCGCGCCUUCAGGCAGCUGCAGCGGAACAACGCGCUCAUUCGUUACUUGUCAACCUCGAGUCUCAGGACUAUGCUAGUUUCUCGACAGGAGGAGAAGGGAGGGGUGGCGGAGGAGGAGAGCGGGGCUGGAGUGUUUGCCAGCCUGCCUGCCGACGACUGGACCGUCAGGUGCAGGCAGCCCAUAAAAAGCGGGCGCUGCCUUCACACGGACACGCAUUUGUCAACAGAGCGAAGUCUGCACGGAGCGCGCCGACGCUCUUCCCCGCCCGGUCACGAUGCUGAACUGUAUCCAGCUGACACUCUUCAUUUGCACUGUGCUUCCACCUUACUGCGACUCGGAGAAACUUUUCCACAGCCGGGACCAUUCAGAUAUCGAGCUUCCAACGAGUCAUCGUGCUGAGGUUAUUGUGGACGAAGUCACUGCAAAGCAAUUCUUAGAAAAGUAUGGAUUCACAAAUCCAGUUAAGUGGGAUGAGAAGCACUAUGAACAAGAAGAAAGCUUUAUCGAUGCUAAUCGAGCACCCAAGGACAUCCUGUCUUUAAUUCAGGAAGGGACUUUUGCAUCCCGCAGCAGUGGUGAAAGUGAUGCUGAAAAUCCUCUACAGAAACCACAAUACAUGAAAGCCCUCAAGGAAUUUCAGAAGGCGUACAAUCUUCCGAUCACAGGAGUGCUGGAUGAUGCGACCAAGGCGGUCAUGAAUAAACCAAGGUGUGGUGUGCCAGACAAGAAGGCUGACCUAAACAACACUAUUGACAACACAACAACCAGCAUAACCAAUGAGACACUGGAUAAUCGCACGGCCCAAGUUGAAAGGCAAGCGAGUUAUUCUGCUGGCACAAGGCAAAAACGUUCCCUUGAAAUGCUCCUGUUUCGAGGAAGGAAGAAACGAUCAGAAGGAGAUACACCAAGCAUAUCAGGGCAGAUGGCUUUUUCUAAGACAGUGUUGAAGUGGAGGCUCAUUGGUGAGGGUUACAGCAGUCAGCUCUCAAUAGAUGACCAGAGAUAUGUCUUCAGACUGGCUUUUAGGAUGUGGAGCGAAGUGUCUCCUUUGUUAUUUGAAGAGGACAAUACCUCGCCCCUGUCCAUGAUUGACAUCCGGCUUGGCUUUGGCACAGGUCGCCAUUUAGGCUGUGCACAGACCUUUGAUGGGGCUGGACGAGAGUUUGCUCAUGCCUGGCAGCUGGGAGAUAUCCACUUUGAUGACGAUGAGCAUUUCACUGCUCCAAGCAAUGACAAUGGCAUUAGUCUGCUUAAGGUGGCAGUUCACGAGAUUGGCCAUGUGCUAGGAUUACCACAUAUUUAUCGCACGGGGUCCAUUAUGCAGCCCAGCUACAUUCCCCAGAAUUCUGGCUUUGAAAUUGACUGGCUUGACAGAAAGUCUGUACAAGAACUUUACGGCAAGUGCGCUGGCCCUUUCAAUGCUGUGUUUGACUGGGUGCGCAAGGAGAGAACCGUUUACGGUGAAGUAGUUGUCCGGUUCAACACGUACUUCUUUCGGAAAAACUGGUAUUGGCUUUAUGAGAACCGCAACAACCGCACACGUUAUGGAGACCCCAUUGCAAUCCAGGUGGGAUGGCAUGGAAUACCUUCAGAUGGCAUUGAUGCUUUUGUUCACGUUUGGACCUGGAGGAUUGAUGCAACGUAUUUCUUUAAGGGCACUCAGUACUGGAGAUAUGACAGUGACAGUGACCAAGCAUAUGCAGAAGACUCUGAAGGCAACAAAUACCCACGGCUAAUUUCUGAGGGAUUCCCAGGUAUCCCCAGCCCCAUCAACACAGCCUUCUAUGAUAGAAGAGAUUACAGGGUUUACUUUUUUAAAGACUCUCUUGUCUAUGCCUUUGAUGUUAAUAAAAAUCAGAAAGUGAAUGGAUUUCCACAGCUGAUUACAGAUGCUUUCCCGGCUGUUAUUCCUAACGACCAUCCCAUCAGCAACCUUGAUGCUGCAUUCUUUUCAUAUUCUUACAAUUCCAUCUUCUUCUUCAAAGGCACGUACUUCUGGAAAGUAGUUAAUGACCGGGACAAGCAGCUCAACUCAUCCUUGGCAUACAACAGCCUGCUUCCCCGGCAGAACAUCGGAGACCAGUGGUUUGAUAUUUGCAACGUGCAUUCCUCAGUAUUAAGAAUGAAAUAGAACUGCGGAAAUCUGGGAAGUCAGAUCAUUUAUAUACAGGGUUAGUCCCGAGACUGGGCAGCAGCUUGAACAGAGUUGGGAGAAAAAAAAAAAAAAAAAACACAAUACCCCUCACAUGCCAACGUGGCUGUUGCCAAUCCAGUUUUUCCAUUUUAGAACAGCACCCUGGUGUUUAAAUGUGUAAAGGUUGAGAAAACCUGAAAUAAUACGAUUGGCCCAAUGAUUUAUGCAAAAUGAUUUAGUUCAGCUACAGGCAGGUUCACCUUAAGAAGCAACCAUCCAAUAUUUUUCUUUUUCUUUCCAGCAUCCCAUGAAUCUUCAGACAGUGGCUAGUUGUCUAAUCGUUUCAUGGGGUGGUCAUAACAAAAUGUCAAAUACAUUACCAAGACGCUGCAGAUUGUGCUUUCAUCAGUCAGAAUUAUGUCAAACAGACAUCAAGUGGUCAAAAACUGACAAGAGCAAAAGGGGAAAGGUGCAAGACAUCAAUCACAGUUAUCUCCAUCAAAAGGACCCCCACCUAAAAGAUGAAGCAGUCCUGAUCACUUGGUAAAAUAUGUCUGAAAAGCUUGGGAUGAGACUUGGGUCACAGAAACAUCGACUGUGUGGUUCUGGAAAGUCUGAAGUGUUUAAAGGAAACUGUAGUGGGCUCAAUUUCUGCACAGUGAACAACACACGUGGCUCUCAUCCCCACGCGAGGUCCUCUGCUUUUGAGAAUCCGUACAGACGCACCUUUCUGCAUUACAUAAAGCCAUCCAUUACAAAAUAUUGCACUGGUAAAAUAUACUACUUUUAAAUCUUUGAAGUGUGAAGAGAUAUAUAUUUUUGUAGAUAUUGUGUAAUGUAUUUAUAGGUAAUGAAGCCACACAAAUCCAUUUUAUGGAGGCUGUUUAUAUUAAAAAGAAAUUAAAUGUUAUAAUUUGAAGUUUUUAUUCUGAGGUGUCUUUGAAUUGCAAUGUAGACAAAUUUAGUUGACUGUAAAUGCUUAUUGUGCUUCUUAGCGAUGCGGAAUGAGGAGAAUUAAAAGAACAUCAUCAGAAAUGUUUGAUGGCGUAAUAAACUUUUACUUGAUAAAAUGUCAGUCUACAUCUUUUGUACACAACAAAGCUAAUCUGAUUUUAUAGGACUCCUGGAUAAUCAAUAAAUAACGUUUGUAAAAGCUCCAUCAUGUCAGUCAAUUCAACUGAAAACUGAAAUGGAGUAACAUUAGUAUAAGGAGUGUGAUGAGUAAGGAGUAGUGAUCAAAUAAAAAAUGUUAUGCAUUACUUCACUGUGUGUUGGGACAACACAGUCAGAGUGCACAAUCAAUGACAGAAAAAAC